AUGAGCGACGAGACCGUCGGAUCGUGGGUCGGACUGGACGCCGCGGGCGUCACGGGCGGUCUCCAAUUCCAGCAGGUCACCCCCAAGGCGUGGGACGAGGAUGACGUUGACGUCAAGAUCAUGUACUGCGGUAUCUGCGCAAGCGACUACGGGGUCCUCAAGGGCGAGUAUGCGCCGCUCGAGCCCCGUGUGGGCGGCCAUGAGAUCGUUGGCGAGGUGGUCAGGGUCGGGCCCAAGGUGGCCAACCUCAAGGUCGGGGACAUGGUGGGCGUCGGCUGGCAGUGUGAUGCGUGUCGCGAGUGUGACUUGUGCAAGAACAAAGACGACCAAUAUUGCGCGGGCAUCACUUGGACGCUGGGACUCAAGUAUGGCCGUGGUGCGGCAAAGGGCACCAUGUCGCACGGCGGCUUUGCAAAGAUGUGGCGGGGAGCAAGCCGGUACGCCGUCAAGCUCCCUGCGUCUCUGGACCCGGGAAACGCCGCGCCGCUGCUGUGCGCCGGCGUGACGGUGUACAGUCCCAUGAAGACGUACGGUGCGGGCACGACCCGCAAGCGCGUGGGCGUGAUUGGCAUUGGUGGCCUGGGCCAUGCCGCUGUCCUCAUCGCAAAGGCCAUGGGCGCGCAGGUCACGGCCAUUUCGAGGGGCGAGGCCAAGAAGGCCGACGCGCUCGCGCUCGGUGCCACGACGUACAUCUCCACAGGCAAGGACCUCAAAGAGGACUUCAAGGGCCACGAGAACAGCUUGGACCUCAUCAUUUGCACCAUCAACCCAGAUGUGCUCCCCGUCGCAGACUACCUCUCCCUCCUCGCGCCCAAGGGCCUCAUCGUCGUCGUGGGUAUCGUCCUCACGCCCCUCGCAGUGCCCACCAUCCCGCUCAUCAUCGGAGGCCGCGGCGUCGUGGGCAGCAAUAUCGGUUCGCCCGAGGACAUUGCCGACCUGUUCGCGCUCGCCGCUGAAAAGGACAUCAAGCUCUGGGUCCAACGCUGGAACAUGGACGACAUUAACAAGGCCAUGGUCGACUUUGGCGAUGGCAAGCCCAAUUACCGCUACGUGCUCGUCAACACGGACAACGGCGGUAAGAUGUAG